AGAGAGAAAGAGGUCAGAGAGAAAGAAGAGAAAGAGGUCAGAGAGAGAGAGAUAGGGGGGGAAAGAGAGAGAGAGAGAGAGGGGAAAGGAGAGAGGGAGAGAGAGAGAGAAGAGAAAGAGAGAAAGAGGUCAGAGGAGAGAGAGAGAGAAGGUCAG